UUGAAGAAGUGUUUUCAUCUGUCCAAGAAAAAUAUGAUGUCUCCAUUCCAAGCCUCACUCUUAUUCAUAAAUGUAUGUAUUUUUAUUUGUGGAGAAGCUGUACAAGGUAACUGUGUACAUCAUUCUACGGACUCUUCAGUAGUUAACAUUGUAGAAGAUGUAUCUAAUGCAAAAGAUGAAAGUAAAAGUAAUGAUACUGUUUGUAAGGAAGACUGUGAGGAAUCAUGUGAUGUUAAAACUAAAAUUACACGAGAAGAAAAACAUUUCAUGUGUAGAAAUUUGCAAAAUUCUAUUGUUUCCUACACAAGAAGUACCAAAAAACUACUAAGGAAUAUGAUGGAUGAGCAACAAACUUCCUUGGAUUAUUUGUCUAAUCAGGUUAACGAGCUCAUGAAUAGAGUUCUCCUUUUGACUACAGAAGUUUUUAGAAAACAACUGGAUCCUUUUCCUCACAGACCAGUUCAGUCACAUGGUUUAGAUUGCACUGAUAUUAAGGAUACCAUUGGUUCUGUCACCAAAACACCAAGUGGUUUAUACAUAAUUCACCCAGAAGGAUCUAGCUACCCAUUUGAGGUAAUGUGUGACAUGGAUUACAGAGGAGGUGGAUGGACUGUGAUACAGAAAAGGAUUGAUGGGAUAAUUGAUUUCCAAAGGUUGUGGUGUGAUUAUCUGGAUGGAUUUGGAGACCUUUUAGGAGAAUUUUGGCUAGGACUAAAAAAGAUUUUUUAUAUAGUAAAUCAGAAAAAUACCAGUUUUAUGCUGUAUGUGUCUUUGGAAUCAGAAGAUGACACACUUGCUUAUGCAUCAUAUGAUAAUUUUUGGCUAGAGGAUGAAACAAGAUUUUUUAAAAUGCACUUAGGACGGUAUUCAGGAAAUGCUGGUGAUGCAUUCCGAGGCCUCAAAAAAGAAGAUAAUCAAAAUGCAAUGCCUUUUAGCACAUCAGAUGUUGAUAAUGAUGGGUGUCGCCCUGCAUGCCUGGUCAAUGGUCAGUCUGUGAAGAGCUGCAGUCACCUCCAUAACAAGACCGGCUGGUGGUUUAACCAGUGUGGUCUAGCAAAUCUAAAUGGCAUUCAUCACUUCCCUGGAAAAUUGCUUGCAACUGGAAUUCAGUGGGGCACAUGGACCAAAAACAACUCACCUGUCAAGAUUAAAUCUGUUUCAAUGAAAAUUAGAAGAAUGUACAAUCCAUAUUUUAAAUAAUCUCAUUUAACAUUGUAAUGCAAGUUCUACAGUGAUUUGUGAUAAUAUAUUAAAGAUUUUUAAAAGUUUAUCUUUUUACUUAGUCUU